AUGGAGCAAGACAAACGUGAGAAAGACAUGGAACGGAAGAUGGAGGAAUUAUUGGAAAAAUCCAACAGAGUCAUAAGAAAUCCUACAAGUUUGAGCUAUGAUGACCUGUGCAUGCACCCGAAUUUGGACUUACCAAAAGGGUUCAAGAUCCCGAAGUUUGAAAUAUUCAAUGGGACAGGGAAUCCCAAAGCACAUCUCCGUUCCUACUGCGACCAAUUGGUCGGCAUAAAAAAGAACGAGCCUUUAAUUAUGAGGUUAUUCAGCCGGAGCUUAGCGGGAGAGGCCGCCGAAUGGUUCGCAACCCAAGACAUACGCCGUUGGCUAACUUGGGAAGGCAAGGCAGAGACUUUCAUGGAAAGAUUCCGAUUCAAUGUCGAAAUAGUGCCAGAAAGCCGAUGGAAGGCUGAAGCAGCCUGUGACCAACCACCAAUAUGCGAAGAGGAAUUGGUAUCUGUAUUUAUCCGGUCACAAGAUCCGAAUUUCUACGAUCGAAUGCUGUCCAUGGUCGGGAGGACAUUUUCUGAACUCGUCAAGAUGGGGGAGGCUAUAGAAGAUGGUUUUAAAUCCGAAAAAAAAAUUAGCAUGUUCAACAAGGCGUCUGGCAAAGAUGCUGCAGGAGUCUUCCGCAAAAAGAAAGAGGACGUGGCGAGCAUAUCCCACACACCAAGCCCAAAUACCAAAAGCCGAGAAGAGCCACAGUCUCCUCACCAAAUACCACCUCCUGUCAAUUAUCCAACUUCUCCUUACAGCCCUGUGCCGGUGUUCUACGCAUAA